AUGAUUAUACAUCUCCUAUUUCACUUUUUAUUGACGAUAAUAUGCAUUCAAGGUAUGAAUAUUCAACUUUUAAAUUUUUGUACAAUAAAUAAGAAAAAUUAUUUUUUAAUUAUCCAGAAAAAACUCUAAUUUUUCAGGCUUCAGUGCUCCUGGAGCCAUUCCACCAGAAUCAUUCAAUGCAGAACGUUGGUAUCCCAAUAAUCUUCCAACAGUUAUGCCACCCUGGAAAAUGCCGGGAGCAAACGUGGAAUCAUUCCGUACCGCUCGUCCUCCGCAGGCCGGUCUUCCAACAACUACAGUAGCCUCACCAACAAAUUCGUUACCAAUGCCACCUGGAUCAAUACCGCCAGUUGAAAAUAUUACAACAACCGGACCUCAUCCACCAGCUCCAAGUCCACAUUCAAUUAUGAUUUCAUCAAACUCGUCAGCAAAUUCCACUGAAAACAUUGAGGAUGAAUCAAUGAUUGUUUCUGUAACCGCUACAAAUUUAGUGAAAGAGCCCGUACUUCCAGAUGAAAAUGAUAAUGGAAUUUUGACAAUUUUAUCUUCUCAUUUCGAAGAUAUCACAAAAAUCGAGAACUUGAAAGAGACACAGGAUAUUGUUUCAAGUAUUGGAGAAGGAUCAGGAAGUGGAGAUGAGCCAAUAAAUGAAGGAUUUUUGAAAUCAAAUGAGUUGACUUUAGAUGCUCCGAUUGAAAAUACAACAACUUUGGUGACAACUCAAAGUAUCAUAACAACGAUAAGCGAAGCUUCAACGACGACAACAAUGACCAUAACUUCAACAGAAGCUCCUAAAACUACACCAGAAGUUUCAACAACAAAAGCUGAGUCCAAACCUACAACAGAAGCUUCAACAACGACAAUUUUUGAAAAAGUAUCAACUGAGCAAACCAUUUCUCCAGAAUCAACAUCAACUACACUAAAAUCUACAGAAAUAAAAACUGAAGCUUCAACAAUCUCCUCUGAAACCACACGUACCACACCAUUUGCAGUUUCUACAGUAACCCAAAGCACCACAAUUGCACCAACUACACCUUCACCUAAGCAAUCAAUAGCUCGUGCACCAGAAAAAGGUAAGUAUUUUAAAGAAUUUCUCUCUUUCUCGAAAAAUUCAAAACCGCUAAUCUUCGACUAUUUAUCACAAAGCUUCAUCAAACAAAGUAACAAAAAAAUUAGAAAAAACCUUUAACUAUGACUCAUACUGUAAUUCGCUGAAACGCUGUUAGACCAAUGUUCGAGGUUAAGAUGUGAACAGCGACGUUCAAUCACAAUUAUUUUUUAUGGCCGUUAAAGAAGCUUACAAGUCUGCAUUAGGGCCUUAUGCAAAAGAUUUAGAACAGCUUGAAUGCCCAUCAUCUAAAAAAAAUCAAAAAAGAUUCUUCGCAGCGAGCAGGGUUCGAACCUACGCGGGCAAUGCCCAAUAGAUUUCAAGUCUAUCUCCUUAACCACUCGGACAUCGCUGCACGAGACGAACACACAUAAUUUCCCUUCGUCUCAUUCUCACACACACACAAACAAACCUUUUCUGAUGUAUAGAGAAAAGGAGAGAAAAAAUAUAAUAAUGAUGAUUUGUUUGUAGAUUGUGGUGACAUUUUAUUCCUGUUGGAUUCGAGCGGAAAUGUUGUUCAACAGUAUGAGAAGCAGAAACGGUAUAUUGAAGAGAUUGUUCAAAAAAUUAACAUGGAACAUCCAAGAAAUGUGAGGGGAUUUUUUUUUGUUUUGAAAUUUGCAAAAUAAUUUUUGGAAAUUUCAGUGGUCAUUGAUAACAUAUUCUGGUCGGCAGCGUCAAAAAAUUGUGGUUCCGCUGCCAACAAAACCAAAUAGUGUACAGUUUUUGGAUCGUCUAAAGAGUGAGUUUCUGUAAAAUAUUGCAAUUUUCAGACAAUUCCGUGAUUUCUUUGAAAAUUUCUAGAAUGUUUUUUUUUUGUUUCAGAAAUCAAGAACAACUGUGAAUUAUUGUUCCAGUUUUAGAUAAAAUAGAACUGGUUUUCUCGGGAAUAGUUUUCAUUUUUUAUCUGAAAGUGGUUCCAGAAAUCUAUCAUCACAGUUUUUUCCUGAUCUAGAACUUUACAAAUAUUGAUAAAACAACGAUUUUUUCAGAAGCAAGAUAUUUGCGAGGUGUGACUGCAACAGGAGCUGCGAUAUCUGUAACAACUCAAUAUGUUUUACAAAAAGGCAGAAAAGUUCAGGUAACUUAACUGAAAAAAACUUCCUCAAAAUUCAAUCUUUUAUAGGUGGUUGUUGUUACUGAUGGAUUUUCAUUUGACGACGUGGAAAAGCAAGCCGAAGCUUUGAGGUUUGUCCAAAAUUCUAAAUCAUUAACAUAAGUUGAAAAUAUUUCAGAACUGUUGGUGCUGAAACAUUGGUUAGUGGAAGAUAUACACCAGUUGUUAAGUGAGUUUUCUCCAUGAUGAUACUUUUGAAAAUUGUUUAUUUGUUUCAGAAACGUUCUUCUGGCAAUCGCAGGAAACGAGAAAAAUGUGUUUUUCGAUAAAAAAGAGGCAAAACUUUUAGAAGCUCUCAAAUGUUAGACAAAAUAUUUACUCUGUUUUUUUCUUCAUAUUUUAUAUCGAUCUCAGUUUUUAUCACUUUAAUAAUAAAUGUAUCUUUUUUUCAUUGUUUUUUAUCUCACAUUCAAUUCAUUCCAAGUUUUCUCACAAGAAAACGCGAGAGAAUUGGAUAUAUCUUUGUUUUAUGAGAGGGGAUGAGAAAAAGAGAGAAAUGUGUCAGGGACAAACAUGUUUACGUCAUACGGAAAAGACUGGCGCUUUUUUUGUGCAUCUGUUGACGCGUUUUUUGGCACAAAUAACACACUCGUUUCGUUUUCUUGUUGAGUGUUGUUUUUUUUCCGCUGCUUUUUCGUUUUCUGUUCCCCGCCAAUUGAUUUUUCGAGGAAUUGAAUCAAAUUUUUAUUAUUUUUUAUCUCGGGUUAUUUUUUCUAUGAAGUUCAUGAAUUUUGUUAGUGUUUUCUAUUCAAACCAGAUUUUGUUGAUGAUUUGUAUCAUCGCGUGGUCGGAUUAUGUCACCCUCAAUUUAUAAUCUUUGGACACCUCGUUUUUGAUAUAUAUGUUCAUUUAUUUUUCAUAUUUUCACGUUAUUUUUUUCAGAGAAUCAAACAAACUGUCGAAUAUUGAUUCGAAAUUUGUACAAUAGUGAAGAAGAAUCAAAAUUGGUUAACUUUAAUUGUUGGCCUUUGCCAACCAGUCCAGAGUAAGUUUUUUUUCAAAAUAAGGGGAGAAUAAUCAAAAGACCAUGAGUGGGGAUUGAUUCUGAUUCUUAUUCUGGUUGUGAUAAUCAGUCUGUCAAGUCACAUGUAUGUGUAAUGAAUGUCUGUACUAUAAAAAUGAAUCGGAUCAUUUUAUCUAUAAUUGUCAAAGAUUGUAUUAUUUUUCCUAUAUAUCAAAAAAAAUAUUCCCGUUCUUUUACCACUAAAAAUUGAAGAAGAAAAGGAUGGGAAUUGCCUUUUGCUCUCUAUUACCACCUGUUGCAAUGACCGCAGCAGGUUUUCCUGGUUCGAUAAAAAUUCUGUUUCGUUGCGUUUCGAUAGUGCACGUUUUUCUACAUCUAGCUAUUUUAUUUGGACCAACUCAACAGUAUGUUUGUUUUUUUUAUCAAUAGAAAAAUUUAUCGACCUUCGAGGUUCUGUCCAAGAAAAAUGUUAUCUUAUAGUUUUCAGUGGGAUUAUAAAAUUAUUAGGAAUGAAUUGUACAGUUUCAGAAAAAACAAUUAAUCCAGGACGGUCUAAAAUAUGCAAAAAAUGUGAAUAAAUUUUGAGGAAAAGGGUUCCGAAAACAAUAAAUUUACUAAAUUUAUCUUUCUUUUCCGAAUAAAAAACAGACUUCAAAAUCUCAAUUUUCCGAAAAAUCGUAGGCAAAAAACCCCGAAAAUAUUUUAUUAGAAAAAAAAAAACAAUUCAAUUCUAACUUUCUUUGUGAGAAAUAAACGUCAUCGAUAUUUUAAGGGCAAAUUUCGGACACCCAUUUUCCCUUCCCAACCAAAAGUGUUCCUUAAACAAUGUUAAAACCAGUAAUAAUAUGAUUAUUGAGUCACGUGGUUGACCCUCGACGUGUUUAUUCUAUUUCUUAUCACCCUCUGUCCCUCCCACUUUUUUCUUUUCUCUCAAUUUUUCCAGUCUUUUUGGGGGGUGAUAUUGAUUAGACUUUUUUACUAUAUAUUUUUUAUUUUAUUUCAAAAUAAAAAUAAUACAUAUUUCUAAUAAUCAAUUUGUUUUUUAUUUUUAUUUUUUCAGAAACACAAUGACAGUUGCGCAAAACCACGCACAAUCAGUAGAAGAGUUCAAAGAAUGUUUAUAUGAAGUGAGUUUUUUUGUUUUGGUUAUCAGAGAAAUUGGUUAAAAAAAUGAAAAAAGAUAAUUUAUAGAUGCAAGAGGCUAGAAAAAAUGUGACAAGUGAUAUUUUGAAUUCGGGACAUGUAGAUAUAAAUAAGAUCAAAAUUGUUGGCAACACUUUAUUGGAAAUGUGUGAUGAUCGAACACAAGACGAGAUUAGAGAAAUUGCAUCAAGAGGUACCACUUUUUCGAUCAAUAUUCAGGAUGAGAUCAGAGGUCUUAAGGUAACCUUUUUUUCGGAAAAUAUAUAGACCAAAAUAUAAAAAUUCUGGAGAAAUAUUAAAGGCAGCUAUAAUUAUUUCUAGAAAGAUGAAGAAUUUUUGAGACGAUUACUCGAAACCGACGAAACUUUCAAUCUUUCGACUCGCCUUCAUCAAGUUGAUCUUCCAGCAAUUCUAGCAUCAUUUUUUCCAGCUGGACCGGAAAAGUUUUAUGAAGAGAUGGCCGAGUGUAAAAAGUAAGAUUAUCUUGAAAUUCCCCCAUUAUUUUUUCUCUUCCAGAUUUUUGUUGAAUUUGAUUGAUACAAGCCAAACUGAUGGUGUUAAGCCAUUAUUUAUUACCGAUUGGGAUGGAACAAUGAAAGAUUAUUGUUCACAAUAUGCCACAAAUGUUCAGCCAGUUUAUAGUGCUGUGGUUAUGGGUCAAUUUGCUCGAGUUUUCACAAGAAUAUUUGCAGUUCUCACCGCGGGACCAUUAAGAAGACCAGGAAUUCUAGACCUCACCGCUCUUCCGAUUGAUGGUCCCGUGUUGUUCAGUGGUUCUUGGGGUCGUGAAUGGUGGUUGGCUGGAAAACGUGUGGUUCAUGAUGAUGGGGUUCCAGAAGAGGGAAGUGUUGCGAUUGGACAAUUGUAUGAUGAACUUGAUGAGAUACUUCAUGAAGGAGAUUUCGUGCAAUUUGCACUUGUUGGAAGUGGAAUUCAAAGAAAAGUUGAUCGAUUGACACUUGGUGUUCAAACUGUUUUUGGACAUGUUCCCAAAGAUUUGUCGACUAGAUAUAUUGAUGCGGUGAAGGAACGCAUUCAUAGAGUUGAUCCAAAUAAUCAAUAUUUGGUUUUGGAAAAUUGCUCGCCACUAGAAAUUGAAGUCUGUGUGCAUUCAUCAGGUAAGAUUUUUCGAGAUUUUUGUAAAUAAACUCAAUGAAUUUGAAUUUUGUUUUGAUUUUCAUUGCGGUGAGAUUCAAAAAAUUGAAAAAAAUAUUAAAUCUAAAUUUCUAAAUCGAUUACUAAUACUCAGUUCGAAUUUUUUAGAAUGAAAAAAUAUAUGAUUUUAAAUAUUUCCAGGUGCUGUUUGGAACAAAGGUGAUGGUGUCAAAUCAUUAGUCGAUUCAUUGAAAGAUUCGUUGAAAAAAGGAAAUGUAUGUGUUGCUGGCGAUACAGCAAGUGAUGUUCCAAUGUUGAAAACCGCAGCUGAUGAAAAUCCAGAGGUUUGUGAAUCUAAAUACUGAAAUUUGUUGAUAGGUCGACUUAUUUGAAUCAGUUUCAAUUCAAAAGUCUGUCUCCCCCUCGAACUUUUUUUUAAAAUUCUUAACUAACGUUUGAGAAACUUCCAGAAAAAAUCCUUUAGGGAUUCAACUAAUUUGAAAAUUCUCUUGCAAAUACGCAUAACUUAAUUUUUGUUCAGACUCCACCUUUAAAAUAAAAAAAACAUUUUCAGAGAGUUCGUGCAUUGUUUGUUGACGCCGAUGAAAAAUUGAAAGACAUGGUUCGAAAAAUCGUUCCAGACGAAAGUCGUGUCAGUUUUGUAUCAUCUCCUGAUGUUGUUCAUGCUGCUUUCGCAAGCAUCCUUUCAGAAUUGAUGAACUAAUCGAUUUCUAUGUUUUCCAUAUAUAGAAGAAGGACACAUUUUGUAGAGUAAAAUAGGCCUGUUUUAUCGAACUAUGAUCAAUUUUUCUUUUUUUCUCGGUUUCCUCUCUUUUUCGUUUUCUUCUCUCCUUUUUCACCCAUUUUUCCUUGAAAUAUAUGUAAUAGUUGUUUGGAAAAUACACGUGACAACAAUUGAUUUUUGAUGCGAUUUUAUUUUAUUCCACAUAGAUUUUAGGUUUUAAUUGUACACAUUAAAACACAUUUUGGGUAUUGUGUUUUUUUUUUCUUUUUUGAGAAAUUUAUUUGAUGUUUACUUUUUUCUAUUCUUACUUUCUUAGUCGGGUUUAUUUUUCAAAAUGUUUCUUGUCAGUGUAUAUUUUUUCGUUAGUUUUUUUCAUUUUUCUCUAUCAAAAAAGUUAUAAAUCUAUUUUUAAUAUUUUUCGACAAUUUUCGCACUUCAAAUCAUUGAUAACAAGUUCAUUGAACCAUAUUUGCAUGAUUGAUAAAUUAUUAACGAAAACAUAGGGGUCAAAUUUCAGAAUGUUCAGAAAAAGUGUAGUUUUUUGGAAAAUAUUUCAACAGACGACGACAGCAACGAUUUUAUGGUGGAAGUAGUACAGAAGAUAGUAGCUAUUGUAAGUCAAAAUUUUCAGAAAAAAAUCAAAUCUGGAAAUAUUUUCAGCUAGAAAUGAGGUAUAUACUGGCUCAAUUGCUGUUGCUGCAUCAGCCCUUGGAUUCUUCGAACUUAUUAGAAAAGCAAAAUUAGAGCAUGCUGAGCAACCAAAAAUUGAUGUUUCUAAACUGCCACUUUUCAAACAAGAAGAUGUUAAAAAACAUGGAAAAGAUGCAGAAAGAAUUUGGGUCACUUACAAAGAUGUAAGCUACAAUUUCCUGAAAAAAACGUCUAAUUGAAAUAUAUUCAGGGUGUUUAUGAUGUGACAGAUUUUGUGGCGAUGCAUCCUGGUGGUGACAAAAUUCUACUUGCUGCUGGAGCUGCGGUUGAUCCGUUCUGGGCAUUGUAUUCGCAGCAUAAAACUGCAGAAGUUUUGGAGAUAUUGGAAGGUUAUAGAAUUGGAAGACUGGAUAUUAAAGAUGUUCCAAAGGUGGGUACAGUGCUGGCCAAAAUUCUAUUUAAAAUGAGUUUUUGCUGGAAAACACUUUAAAAAUGGUGAAUUUUCACCCAAAAACUUGAAUAGGUUAUUUUUCACGACGAUUAUGAUGGUACCUACCAAUUUUAUAGAUAACAUUUGAUUUAUUGAUGUGUUCCAGGCUCAAGAUCGUAAUGAGCGAAAAUAAUAGAUUUUGACUUUCGGGAAAACCUUGAACAAUUUUUCACGGUUUUCGUUUUGAAACCAUGUUUGGGUUAUUUUUCAAGUAGAAGAGCGUUCAGACUUUCGAAUCCGACCUCAAAUUCAAAAUAAUCUUGAUUCCGAAGUGCACACCAAUGACUUCAGUGAGAUCAUUACAGAAUGUUUAUAACAGUAUUUUGCUGCUUUUGCAGUGACGUAUUGAAGUCAGAAAUUGUUCAAAAUUUCUUUAUCGGUCAUUUCAAACAUCAUGAGAUAAAAUCCGAACAAAAACUAGCACUUUCGGGCUGAUUUGGACAUUGAUGGAUUCAGAUGUUCAUCUAGAACAUCAGAUCUCAACAUCGUAGACCAUCAAUACUGCAAAACCACAGUUAUAAUUUUAUCUCUAGAUGGUCAACUCAUGUUGUGAAUUAAUAUUAAUAUCUUUGAAUUCACAUUUGAUGAACUACAACAUCUUUCUCUUGAAUUUCGUGGUACAAGUCAUUUUUAUAAGGGAAAACAGUGUAAGAUUGAAACAUCUGAAUAAUAAUAGUUGCAGAUCUAAAUUUCUGUCUUCUGAGUGUUUUUAACAUUUGUGAUCACGUUCGAGACUAUCUGGGCUAAUUAUUUCUUAAUCGAAUUGCCACUUUUGACGGUCUACGAUGUUGAGAUCUGAUGUUCUAGAUGAACAUCUGAAUCCAUCAAUGUCCAAAUCAGCUCGAAAGUUCUAGUUUUUGUUCGGAUUUUAUUUCAUGAUGUUUGAAAUGACCGAUAAAUAAAUUUUGAACAGUUUCUGACUUCAAUACGUCACUGCAAAAGCAGCAAAAUACUGUUAUAAACAUUCUGUAAUGAUUUCACUGAAGUCAUUGGUGUGCACUUCGGAAUCAAGAUUAUUUUGAAUUUGAGGUCGGAUUCGAAAGUCUGAACGCUCUUCUACUUGAAAAAUAACCCAAACAUGGUUUCAAAACGGAAACCGUGAAAAAUUGUUCAAGGUUUUCCCGAAAGUCAAAAUCUAUUAUUUUCGCUCAUUACGAUCUUGAGCCUGGAACACAUCAAUAAAUCAAAUGUUAUCUAUAAAAUUGGUAGGUACCAUCAUAAUCGUCGUGAAAAAUAACCUAUUCAAGUUUUUGGGUGAAAAUUCACCAAUUUUAAGGUGUUUUCCAGAAAAAACUCAUUUUAAAUAGAAUUUUGGCCAGCACUGUAUAUGAAAAGAGAAAACUCCCAAAUAAAAUUUUUCUAGCCAGAUGAAUUACCAGAUUUUGUGAGUUCUUCACUCAAUUUUUUUUUCUUUAUGUCCAAAAAUCUCCCUUCUAAACCUACUGUAAUUGUGAAUGUUUCAGGCGGAACCGGAUGCAUUCUCAAAUGAUCCACCGCGUCAUCCAGCCCUCCUUGUUCGUAACGCGAAGCCGUUCAACGCUGAAACCCCGCCAUCUCUUAUCACUGACAAAUUUUAUACACCUAAUGAAUUAUUCUUUGUGCGAAACCAUUUGCCAGUUCCUGAUGUAUGUUUGUGGAGAAAUUCUCAAAAACAAUAGAUUUCUUGCAGAUCAAAACUAAUGAUCAUCGCUUGACAAUUGAGACUUUAAACGGGAAAACAAUUGAUUUGAGUGUUGAUCAAUUGAAAAAGAAAUUCAAAUCCUACACAAUCGGUUCGGUUAUCCAAUGUGCUGGAAAUCGACGAGCUGAUAUGAAUCAAUACAAAAAAGUUCAAGGGUUGAUGUGGGAAGGAACUGCAAUUAGUAAUGCCGAAUGGACGGGUGUUAGACUUUGCGAUAUUUUGGCUGAUGCUGGAAUUGAUGUUUUUGAUGAUAAAAUUAAACAUGUUCAUUUUGAAGGAGCUGAUGUUGAUCCAACAGGUUGGUUUAAUUAAAUUCUGUUUUGAAAUAUGAUGCUUUUUAUUUCUAGGAACCCCUUAUGGCGCAUCAAUUCCAAUGGAAAAGGCGCGAGGAGAUGAAGUGAUAAUUGCAUAUCUGAUGAAUGGUGUAGAAAUUCCAAGAGAUCACGGAGCUCCUCUUCGAGCAAUUGUUCCUGGAAACGUUGGAGCAAGACAAGUGAAAUGGUUGAGAAAAAUAAUUGUUAGCGAAAAAGAAAGCGAUAGUCAUUGGCAACAAAAAGAUUAUCGAGCAUUUUCACCAGCUGUUAAUCUUGGUGAUGAACUCAAGUGGGAUACUGUGCCUUCGAUUCAAGAAUACCCGGUACAGUGUGCUAUUUGCUCACCGGCGCCAAACACAAAAAUUGAUCGUGGUAAGAUUUUUAAAACAAUUUUCAAAAUACAAAAACACGAAUAAAAAAAAUUUAGUCUGAAAAUUUUUUUCAGAUGACGGAUUUGUGGAAAUUUCGGGUUAUGCUUGGAGUGGCGGUGGCCGUGGUAUUAUUCGGAUUGAAAUCAGUGCUGAUAAUGGUGAAACUUGGCAUAGUUGCGAAAUGGAACAAGAGAAAAGACAAGAUUUAGAGCACAUGUAUGCUUGGACACUUUUCAAAGCGGAAGUGAAAAUCCCGCCGAAUGUUAAAGAAUUUAAUAUUAUUGCUAAAGCCGUUGAUCGAUCAUAUAAUACUCAACCAGAAACUGCAUCAGGCAUUUGGAAUGUUCGCGGUUUGAUUCAUAAUGCAUGGCAUAGAGUGCCAAUUAUAGUUAGAGAUUAG